ACGCCUGGUCUGCCAUGGCCCAGGGCAUCUUUUCGCGAUACAGCAGCUUCCGACAAUUGCUUGAACGAACCUUCGGCGAUAUCGACGCGAAAGCAACGGCUGAACGGAAACUUGCACGAACUCGACAAACCACCUCCGCAACAGCCUACGUUGCCGAGUUCAUGGCACACGCCGCAAUCCUAGGAUGGGACGACUACGCUUUGAUUCCACCAUUCUAUGGGGGCUGA